ACAUUAAUUGAUUUUAGACAUGAAUGAUGUUGAGAGUAUCUCCACCGAAAAAAUAGACUAUUUCACUCUUAUUUAUAGAGGAAUUACUUGUAUGAUCUCUCUUGCAACAACAACAUUGUGUGUUGUUUUCUGCUUAAUAUUUGAAUGAUGACAUCCUCUAUCGUUCAAAGAGUUUCAGAAUGUUUUAUCAAACCACUACACCCUAUUGAAGAUUCAAAGCAAAUUUCUUAUUUAACAGGUUGGGAUAUUGCUAUGUCAUCUAUGCACUAUAUCCAAAAAGGCCUAUUAUUCAAAAAACCAACAACUUCACCAAAUAAUCAACAAGAUUUCAUUGAGAGUCUAUUGAAGAAGCUUAAAUACUCCCUCUCUCAUGCUCUUUUCCAUUUCUAUCCUCUUUCUGGCCGCCUUGUCACCCACAAAACUCAACACCCUCCCUCUUAUACCAUUUUUGUUGAUUGUAGUAACAAUAACCCUGGAGCUAGAUUCAUCUAUGCGACCGCAGACGUGACCAUAUCUGAUAUCCUCUCACCUGUUGAUGUUCCUCCAAUUGUUGAGUCAUUCUUUGAUCUCAACAAAGCAAUCAACCACGACGGUCACACCAUGCCAUUGUUAUCAAUUCAAGUCACAGAGCUAGUGGAUGGUGUUUUCAUAGGUUGUUCCCUGAAUCAUUGUAUUGGUGAUGGUACCUCUUUCUGGAAUUUUUUUAAUAUAUGGUCUGAGAUAUUUCAAUCUCAAAGUUGUGAAAAUGAAAACGAUGUUCCCAUUUCGCGUCUACCUUUUCAUUAUCGUUGGUUUCUACAAGGUUACGGUCCACCUAUUAGCCUUCCCUUCAAACAUCAUGAAGAGUUUAUCAGCAGAUAUGAAUCUCCCAACUUCAGAGAUAGAUUCUUCCAUUUUACACCGGAGUCUAUUGUAAAACUGAAAGCAAAGGCGAAUAAGGAGUUUAACACAACAAAAAUAUCUUCGUUCCAGGCUUUAUCAGCACAUGUUUGGAGAUGUGUCACACGUGCACGCGGACUAACAAAUGAUCAAAAAACAAGUUGUAAGUUAGCUAUAAAUAAUCGACUAAGAUUGGAACCACCUUUGCCGCAGGAGUACUUUGGAAACACAGUUGAUGUGGUUAGUGCAGAAAUGACUGUGGACGAAUUGCUUCAGAAUAAUCUGGGAUGGGCAGCAUGGAAGGUUAAUGUGGCUGUGGUGAAUCACGACGACAAACAAGUGCGAAAGAUGCUGAAAGAGUGGUUAGAGUCUCCUGUUGUAUACCAACUCGGUCGCCACUUUGAUCCCCAAAGUAUCACAGUGUCUAGUUCGCCAAGGUUCAAUAUGUAUGGGAAUGAAUUUGGAAUGGGUAAAGCGAUGGCAGUUCUGAGUGGAUAUGCAAACAAAUUUGAUGGUAAUGUAUCAUCAUAUCAAGGGUAUGAGCAUGGAAGCAUAGAUUUGGCAUUGACCCUUACACCUAAUGCAAUGAGGGCCUUGGAAUUAGACGAGCAGUUCGUGAAUAUUGUGGUUUGAAGUGCCUAAAUUUAUUUACUGUUACUGGUUUGAUAAAUUUAUUGGCAAGUUUUGCUGAUAAUUUCAGGGAAGGGGACAUUAUAUUUGCCAUUAAAAAACUCAUGCAAUGUGAGGUAGUUCUUGAAUAUAAGAUGAAUUCAUUGUUCUUAUUUUUCAUAUCCAUAAGUAGAGGUUGUGAACAUGACUUGAUUGCAGCAUGUAGCUCCGUAAGAUGUCCCCAUUUUGGUUGCCUAACCAAACCUUGUGAAGCAUAGUCAAUCACAUAUUUGUUCAAUAUUUGCAAUUUCACUCAAAUGAAGAAAAGAAAGAACCAUACCAUAUUCAUCCAGUGGAGCUCCAUCAAGUAAGUUACCAAGAAAAAUAUAUUCAAAUUCAAAUAAUUUGAAAAAUCUACUGGUAUUUUACUACAUGGUCAAAAAAAGAAGUAAGAGAGAAAAGAGGAACAGAUUAUAGAAUAUAGAUAGUGAUGAUACCAUGUGGAGUAGUAAUUAACAUAGCUUCCUUUCUUGGCAAUGAACAAGGGAACAUUAUACGCAA